AUGAGUGUAAACCAGCAAGCUCACACAGGGCCUCCUUAUGGGCAACCUCAGCCUGGAUAUCAGGGAUACCAGCAGCCUGCCUACGGAGGACAGCCAUUGCCAGGGGCUGCUCCAUCGCAAUAUGGAGCCUAUAAUGGUCCGAUGCCAGGAUAUCAACAGCCAGUCCCUCCACAAGGUACUUCUCAAGCCCCUCCAACAUCAGGAGCUCCUCCUCCUGCCUCUGGAGCAUCUCUCCCUUCUGGACACCUGGCAUACAGUCAAUUUGGACAUGGAGAUGUGCAGAAUGGGAUUCCAGCCUCAGCAGCCUCAAUGCAGAGGCCACCUGCGUCGCAGCCAUUUCUGCCAGGUUCAGCACCCACGCCUGUCAGCCCAACACCCACCUUCCAGCAAUAUGGUCCCCCCCCAGCCAGUGUACAGCAGCUCAGCAAUCACAUGGCAGGGAUGACAAUUGGCAGUACUACAGCUUCUGCUCCUCCCCCAGCUGGACUGGGCUAUGGUCCCCCAACAUCGGUUCCCCCAGUCUCAGGAAGCUUUAGUGCAACAGGAUCUGGUCUCUACACACCUUACACUGCAAGCCAAGGACCCCCUCCCACCACUGUGUCUCAGGCUCAAGUCCCUGGUUUUGCCCCACCUCCCUCUUCUACAGGGCUUGGACCUUCCUCUUACCCUCCUACCACAGGUGCCCCAAGGGCACCUACCAUGCCAGGCCCACCACUGCCUGGGCAGACAGUUGCUGGUCCACCAACAUCCCAGCCUAAUCAUGUAUCCUCACCACCACCUCUAUCAGCUAUGCCAGGGCCACACCCUGGACCUCCCAUGAGUGGCCUCCAUGGACCACCACCUCCCACUCAUCCUCCUCAGCCAGGAUACCAAAUGCAGCAGAAUGGUUCCUUUGGGCAGGUGAGGGGUCCCCAACCAAACUAUGGGGGAGCCUAUCCAGGAACACCAAAUUAUGGAAGUCAGCCUGGACCACCACCUCCACCAAAACGCUUGGAUCCUGAUUCCAUUCCUAGCCCUAUUCAAGUGAUUGAAGAUGACAGAAACAACCGUGGGUCAGAACCAUUUGUCACUGGAGUGAGAGGGCAGGUCCCACCUCUUGUUACUACAAAUUUCUUGGUCAAGGAUCAAGGUAAUGCAAGCCCCCGCUACAUAAGAUGCACGUCUUACAAUAUUCCCUGCACCUCAGAUAUGGCCAAACAGUCCCAAGUUCCCCUGGCUGCUGUCAUCAAACCGCUGGCUACUCUGCCCCCAGAGGAGCCCCUUCCUUAUUUGGUAGACCAUGGAGAAUCUGGUCCUGUCCGAUGUAAUAGGUGCAAGGCUUACAUGUGCCCUUUUAUGCAGUUCAUUGAGGGUGGAAGGAGGUUCCAGUGCUGUUUCUGCAGCUGUGUCACUGAGGUGCCAGCUCACUAUUUCCAGCAUUUGGAUCACACUGGAAAGCGAGUAGACUUCUAUGACAGACCUGAGUUAUCAAUGGGGUCUUACGAGUUUCUAGCAACAGUUGACUAUUGCAAGAAUAACAAGUUUCCCAGUCCACCUGCUUUCAUCUUCAUGAUUGAUGUGUCUUACAAUGCUGUGAAGAGUGGUUUAGUGAGGCUAAUAUGUGAAGAAUUAAAGUCACUCCUAGAUUACCUGCCCAGGGAAGGCACCAUGGAAGAAUCAGCCAUUCGAGUAGGCUUUGUCACAUACAACAAAGUGUUACACUUCUAUAACGUGAAGAGCUCGCUGGCACAGCCACAGAUGAUGGUUGUCUCAGAUGUGGCAGAUAUGUUUGUGCCACUUCUGGAUGGCUUUCUGGUGAAUGUGAAUGAGUCCAGGACAGUUAUAACCAGUUUGCUGGAUCAGAUUCCAGAAAUGUUUGCAGACACAAGAGAAACAGAAACUGUUUUUGCACCUGUGAUUCAAGCAGGGCUGGAGGCGCUGAAGGCAGCUGAGUGUGCUGGCAAGCUCUUCAUUUUCCAUACCUCUCUGCCUGUUGCAGAGGCCCCAGGGAAGUUAAAGAACAGGGAUGAUAAAAAACUGGUCAACACAGAUAAGGAGAAGACUUUAUUUCAACCACAGACAAGCUUUUACAACAACUUGGCCAAGGACUGUGUGGCCCAGGGGUGCUGUGUUGAUCUGUUCCUGUUUCCAAAUCAGUAUUUGGAUGUGGCAACAUUAGGUGUGGUAACUUACCAGACAGGAGGCUCCAUUUAUAAAUACGCGUAUUUCCAGCUGGAGACAGACCAGGAUAGAUUCCUGAAUGACUUGAGAAGAGAUGUCCAGAAAGAAGUGGGAUUUGAUGCUGUAAUGAGAGUGCGCACAAGCACAGGUAUUCGAGCAACUGACUUUUUUGGAGCUUUCUAUAUGAGCAAUACAACUGAUGUAGAGAUGGCAGGUUUGGACUGUGAUAAAACAAUCACAGUGGAAUUCAAGCACGAUGACAAACUGAGUGAAGACAGUGGUGCACUCCUUCAGUGUGCUCUGUUAUAUACAAGCUGUGCAGGACAGCGACGACUCCGCAUCCACAACCUUUCCUUAAACUGCUGCACACAGCUCGCUGACCUCUAUCGAAACUGUGAGACGGACACGCUCAUCAAUUACUUGGCUAAAUAUGCAUAUCGUGGAGUUCUGAGUAGUCCAGUGAAGACUGUCCGAGAUGCACUGAUCAGCCAGUGUGCCCAGAUCCUAGCUUGCUACCGAAAGAACUGUGCUAGUCCCUCUUCUGCUGGCCAGCUGAUUCUCCCCGAAUGCAUGAAGCUGCUUCCUGUGUACUUGAAUUGUGUGUUGAAGAGUGACGUCCUCCAGCCUGGUCCGGAGGUCACAACGGAUGACCGCGCCUACAUCCGUCAGUUAGUGACAUCCAUGGAUGUGGCAGAAACAAAUGUUUUCUUUUACCCCAGGCUUUUGCCUCUGACCAAAGCAGAUGUUGACAGUGACUCCUUGCCAGCAGCAAUCCGGAACUCAGAAGAACGUCUCUCCAAGGGUGACAUAUACCUGCUGGAGAACGGGCUGAACAUCUUUGUGUGGGUGGGAGUCAACGUGCAGCAAGGCCUGAUCCAGAACCUCUUUGGAGUGUCAUCCUUUGGUCAGAUUAGCAAGGCCUUGAGUACCCUGCCUGUCUUGGACAACCCCUUUUCAAAGAAAGUACGAGCUAUUGUGGACAUGCUUCAAAUGCAGAGAUCCCGCUACAUGAAGUUGAUAGUUGUGAAGCAAGAAGAUAAGCUGGAAAUGCUUUUCAAACACUUUCUAGUGGAGGACAAGAGCCUGAAUGGGGGAGCUUCAUAUGUGGACUUCCUGUGUCACAUGCACAAGGAGAUUCGGCAGCUACUGAGCUAGAGGAGGGAGAGGUGCUGGAACUCAGCAGUGACAUUUCAGUCUCCACUAAUGACCUGAUCAGAAGGCCCAGCGCUCUCAAAAAGGACAACAUAGAAAUCUGUACAAUUCCAUAAUUUUUAAUACACGUUGCAUAAGCAGAAACCCUGUCAGCCUCUCCCAGUCCCGUAUGAGAGAUGAAAAAAAUUUCCUGGUGAGGGCUAAA